AUGGGGAGGCUGGGGCCGCGCGUGGGUUGUACGGCUGCGUGGCUGCGUCCUCCGGAGCGGGACCGGUCCUGCUUUCUGCGUGUUCCCCGUGUCUGGCAGCCAGAUGAUUUCUCCAGAAAAAUCUUCCUGCAGGGGCGGUUUGAUCUCUGUGUGACAGAGGUGUGCUGCGGUGUCGUGCGGCUUCCAGCUGCCCUCGGCUCCUGUAGCUUCUGCAGACACUUCCCAACGAUGCGAGAGGCUGAAGUCUUCCUGCGAGCGAUUAAUCAGUAUGCAGAUAUGCUAAACAAAAAAUUUCUUGAUCAAGCCAACUUUGAGUUACAGCUUUGGAACAACUACUUCCACCUGGCUGUUGCUUUUCUCACACAAGAGUCUUUACAACUGGAGAAUUUUUCAAGUGCUAAAAGAGCAAAAAUACUUAACAAGUAUGGUGAUAUGAGAAGGCAGAUUGGUUUUGAAAUCAGGGACAUGUGGUAUAACCUGGGUCAGCAUAAAAUCAAGUUCAUCCCAGAAAUGGUGGGACCUAUCUUAGAAAUGACGCUGAUCCCCGAAACCGAACUUCGGAAAGCUACGAUCCCGAUUUUCUUUGAUAUGAUGCAGUGUGAAUUUCACUCGACGAGAAGCUUCCAGAUGUUUGAAAAUGAGAUCAUCACCAAACUGGAUCACGAAGUGGAAGGAGGCAGAGGAGAUGAACAGUACAAAGUGUUAUUUGACAAAAUUCUCUUGGAGCACUGCAGGAAACACAAAUACCUUGCGAAGAGUGGAGAGACGUUUGUGAAGCUUGUGGUCCGCUUAAUGGAGAGGUUGUUGGACUACAGGACCAUCAUGCACGACGAGAACAAGGAGAACCGCAUGAGCUGUACCGUCAACGUGCUGAAUUUCUACAAGGAGAUUGAGAGAGAAGAAAUGUACAUAAGGUAUUUAUACAAACUGUGCGACCUGCACAAAGAGUGUGAUAACUACACGGAAGCUGCCUACACGUUACUUCUGCACGCAAAGCUGCUUAAGUGGUCAGAAGAAGCGUGUGCGGCACAUCUUACCCAGCGGGAUGGAUACCAGGCUGCUACUCAAGGACAGCUGAAAGAUCAACUAUAUCAAGAAAUUAUCCAUUACUUCGACAAGGGCAAGAUGUGGGAAGAGGCCAUUGCCUUGGGUAAAGAACUUGCAGAACAGUAUGAAAAUGAAAUGUUUGAUUAUGAACAACUCAGUGAACUGCUGAGAAAGCAAGCCCAGUUCUAUGAAAACAUCGUGAAGGUGAUAAGACCAAAACCAGACUACUUUGCUGUUGGAUACUACGGCCAGGGAUUUCCGACAUUCAUAAGGAACAAAGUCUUCAUUUACCGGGGAAAGGAAUACGAACGCCGUGAAGACUUCGAAGCAAGGUUACUGACGCAGUUUCCAAACGCAGAAAAAAUGAAAACGACGUCUCCACCGGGCGAGGACAUGAAGAGCUCCUCCGGCCAGUAUAUUCAGUGCUUCACUGUAAAGCCCAAACUGGAUUUGCCCUCUAGGUUUCACAGGCCAGUGUCGGAACAAAUCGUGAGUUUCUAUAGGGUGAAUGAAGUCCAGCGGUUUGAGUAUUCGCGCCCUGUUCGAAAAGGAGAGAAAAACCCAGACAACGAAUUUGCGAAUAUGUGGAUCGAGAGAACCAUCUAUGUGACGGCGUAUAAAUUACCAGGGAUUCUGAGGUGGUUUGAAGUCAAAUCAGUCUUCAUGGUUGAAAUUAGUCCGCUGGAAAAUGCCAUAGAAACCAUGCAGCUGACAAAUGAUAAGAUCAACAAUAUGGUUCAACAGCAUUUAAAUGAUCCAAAUCUGCCCAUUAAUCCUCUCUCGAUGCUGCUGAACGGCAUUGUGGAUCCUGCGGUCAUGGGAGGGUUCGCAAACUAUGAGAAGGCUUUUUUUACUGAACGAUACAUGCACGAGCAUCCAGAAGAUCAUGACAAGAUCGAAAAACUAAAGGAUCUGAUCGCUUGGCAGAUCCCGUUCCUGGCGGAAGGCAUCCGGAUUCACGGGGAGAAGGUGACAGAGGCACUGCGGCCCUUCCACGAGCGGAUGGAGGCUUGCUUCAGGCAGCUGAAAGACAAAGUGGAGAAACAGUACGGGGUCCGAGCUGUCCUUUCAAGUCUGGAUGAUAGACGAGGCAGUCGGCCACGGUCUAUGGUGAGAUCCUUCACGAUGCCGUCGUCUUCAAGACCCCUCUCCGUGGCGUCGGUGUCUUCCAUCUCCUCGGACAGUGCACCUUCUCGGCCUGGCUCCGACGGGUUUGUGCUGGAGCCCCUCCUGCCAAAAAAGAUGCAUUCUAGGUCUCAAGAUAAAUUGGACAAGGAUGACCUAGAUAAAGAUAAGAAAGAAAAGAAGAAGGAGAAAAGGAACAGCAAGCAUCAGGAGAUAUUUGAUAAAGAAUUUAAAUCUACUGAUAUUUCUCUGCAGCAGUCUGAAGCUGUGAUCCUUUCAGAAACGAUCAGCCCGCUGAGACCACAGAGACCAAAAAGCCAAGUCAUAAACGUCAUUUCAAGUGAGAGACGCUUCUCUGUCUCUCCAUCACCUCCCAGCUCCCAAGUGACGCCGCCCCCGAUAACUCCACGGACAAAACUUUCUUUCAGCCUACAGUCCAAUCUGGAGCUGAAUGGCAUGUCCAGCUCCGACGUCCCCGACGUUCCUCCUCCUCUGCCUCUCAAAGGAAGCAUGGCCGAUUACGGGAACCUCAUGGAAAGUCAAGACUUGAUCAGCCCGACCACGUCCCCCCCUGCCCACCAAAGGCGAGAUGUGGUCCUGCUCGUGGACAUGUCAGCAGAUCCAGAGAUCUCUGCAGUUGCAAAGAAGCCUCUGGAGUGUGAGGGAACGGCCUCGCUCAUGGGGACCAACCUGAAGGGAGGUUUUGUGGAGGAGUUUCCACUCCGUGGCCAAACACUGGAUAUUCACUGUCCUACUUGCCGAUGCCACCGUGCUGCGAUGGGUAGAGCCCAGACCUGGGGACGACUCAGAGCCCGUGAUGCGUCCCCGCGCAGCACCCCUGAUUCUGUUUGGGAAGGAGCCGUGUCGCUGCCCUCGGCGCCGCGCGGGAUCAAGCUGCGGGUAUCGCUCUGGCCGGUUGAUAAUGCAUUUGUUUAUCGCUCUCGCAGGGCCCAGGCCCUCGAUGAGAAAUACAGUUUCAGUCUGGAGUCUAAACCUUAUUCUGAGGGUUCCUGCUUCCCCCGAGGUACCCGUGAGUCAAGGAUGCUGCCCAAAGUAGGUCUGAGCGUGAGGCGGCAGGCGCUGGCGCGACGGCAGAAAGCCAGAGAAACCAAGGGAAGCUCUGCUCUGGAUCUCAAAGUUUCUAAGGAGAAGCGUAGCAGAAAUGAAGUCCGUAAGCCUAGUGAUGAUUUUCCGAGUAUGGCGUGA